AUGGUGUUUUCUCUCCAUCAACGCUUCUGGGUUUCUUCCUCGCUUCUCCUUCUCUUCUUGGCCCUCUCUGUUUCUUCUCUCACUCCCACUUUCCUUUCCGACGGCAUUUUCUAUUCUGAACCUAGUAUCGGUCGGAACCUCCUCCAGGCGAAAAAAGGUUGUUCUGUGAAUUUUGAGUUUUUAAACUACACAAUAAUCACAAGCAAAUGCAAGGGACCCCAAUACCCUCCCAAAGAAUGUUGUGGAUCAUUUAAAGAAUUUGCUUGCCCAUAUGCAGAUGUUUUAAAUGAUCUAACAAAUGAGUGUGCCUCAACCAUGUUUAGUUACAUCAAUCUCUAUGGAAAAUACCCUCCUGGCCUCUUUGCUAGCGAGUGUCAUGAUGGGAAGCGUGGCCUUGAAUGUCCUGCACUUCCACCAUCAGCAUCAGCAGAUGACACUUCAAAUCAAGUUGUACACUGUCCAUCUCUAUUGCUCAUGCUCACAACCUGCUUCUUAAUCUUGUUAUUCUGA